CCAUAUAAGGAAGCCUGUCCCUCUGUGACAUCACAAAGGGGCAGUUUUACCACGCCUUCCGAAACAGAGCGUUUUGAGCCAUCCCAAACUUUUUUCAGGGCUCACUUCCAAAUGCGCAAAACUCAUUAUCUGAAACUUUGGCAUCAUUUAACACAAGAAUACAACAUUCUAAUAAUUACAUUUAUAGGUCAGAAAAGUGAGAAAAGCAUAACAGGUCCCUUUUAACUAAUUUUACUUGUUUAUGUCUUUGUGCUUGAGAUUUCAUACUUUGUUCAGCGGUCCUUGAAUGCUCCAUAGUUUGUCUGCUGCGACUGACUUGCAGCAUGGCUGAGAUUGCAUCUCUUCAAUGAUCAUCACUCAUUAGUGGCCAUUAGCUGUGAAUUAUGGUGCUGCUACCAUCACAGCCAAUUGUCUGGAUGAGAAGCAGGCUUUGCCUCACUUUGCGUUGUCGUGUGUUAGCCUCUGGCCAAGUGGCGAGCUUGCCAUCGUACGGCUCCUCAUCAUCUCUGCAGUGUCGAUCGGUUGCAGCAUCUCUCUGUAGAGCUGUUGGUACCCCAACUGAGAACAUGGUCGGGCUGAGAAACCGCUCCACUUGGGAACCAUUGCUGCUCAAGUCCUCCUGUAUCAAAUCCUGCGCCAUCGGCUGCUCCUUGGGCAUCACAGCACACCUCACCUAUGUCAAUGCAGACAAAGAGCCUGUGGAAGGUGUUUUUGUGUACCCUCUUGGAGAAAAGGAGGUGGUGGUGGGCUUUGAGGCCACAAUCGCAGGACGUCUGAUGGGUGUUCAGAUCCAGAACAGAGGAAAGCUGAAGAACAGCUGCAUGGACUGCUGCACCGGCUCCGGUCCUGACGGCCGGGAAUGGAACUGCUGCAGGAGCUCUCGUCUGGAAAUGCAGUGCACCAAUGGUCAUUUAAUUCUGGAUGAAGAUCUGGAAAGGACCACCUUCAUUGUGGGCACAGGGGUUAUAGGUUCCAUGGAUAUUGUAUCCAUUAUCAUGAAGACCACACUAGAACUGCCUACAUUACAAAACGGAGCAAUCCGCAUUGUCUACCCAACAUUACUGACGCCCGUCGUCACACUGGCAACUACCAGCAAGAGUGAAAAUGGAGGGAAAUCAGACGAGACAGGACCAACCAGCUGUUUUGGUGCCACCUCAGGAAAACAGGACCGGGUUCUAGAUUCAGAGCAGCAGCAUUGCGCACACGCCAUCUUCAACACUCCAGCAGCAAAUUUAGCUCCUUAUGAACUCAACUUUCAAUUGCUGGUCCGAGGGGCCUGUUUGCUGGCCGGACUGGAGAGCCCCACCCACGCCCUGAGGGCUGAUGCUGACCCCAGUGCCCAAAGUGCCUCUGCCACCUACAUCACCUUAGCACAGGAGCAUCCCUAUGACAGACACAUUGAGAUCAUCCUGCAUCUCAGUGAACCACACAGCCCACUGGUCAUAAUAGAGAAGGGCAGACUCUCCUUCAGCCAGUAUGAGCAGCACAUUCACUCUCGGCGGGAUUUCAUCCGCUGCACCCGCAAAGAUCCCCAACCAGAAAGAAAGGUGGAGUUUGUGAGGAAGCGCUACCACAAGGACAUCCUCAACAACCCCGUGUUGAUGCUCAACUUUUGUCCUGAUUUGUUGGGAGAACCUCUGGAACUCAACAAAGCCAACAGAGAAAUAUUGUUCCUUGUUGACCGUAGCAGCAGCAUGAGCGGGACCAACAUGCAUCGUGUGAAGGAAGCCAUGGUGGUAGCACUGAAGAGUCUCCCUGCCGGCACCUUGCUCAACAUUGUCAGCUUCGGCACCACCGUCCAGCCUCUGUUCACAGCCAGCAAGCUCUGCACUGAUGUCACACUGAUGCAAGCGUAUGAGUACGCCCAGAGGAUGAGAGCUGAUAUUCAAGGCACCGACCUGCUGGGGGCGCUGUCCUGGGUGUACCAGCAACCUAUGCAGCGCACAUACCCUCGUCAGGUUUUCAUCAUCACAGACGGCUGCAUCAACAAUGUGGGCAAAGUUUUAGAGUUGGUACGGAGGAACACGUGUGCGGGAAGAUGCUUUGGCCUGGGUCUGGGUCCUCGAGCCUGCAGGCGACUCCUGCAGGGUGUCGCCAAACUGACAGGAGGUACUACAGACUUUUUGGAAGAUGGGGAAAGACUUCAGCCAAAGCUCAUCAAGUCACUGAAAAAGGCUCUGGAACCGGUGCUGACUGAUGUGCGGAUUGACUGGUACCUGCCAGAAAACAUGGAAGCCCUUCUUUCGCCCAAUGAAAUCCCUCCGCUCUACCCAGGAAAUCGCCUUAUUGGAUACUGCACGCUGUAUGACAUGACAGCAUUUCAAGUCAAAAAGACAGAGUGUCAAGGGCAGGGCAAUAAAGGUCCACAUAAUGCCUCCAUGGGUUCCAUAUUUUGCCAGUCCAAUGAUGAGAUCUCACCUCCUACUUCGGAGCUCAUGCCAGUAGCCGCUUGUUCAGAAGGUAAUGACUUGGAGGAGGCACUGAGGGAGAUCUCCCGGGAAAUCUCCUCGGAGUUCUCCUGUGCCAAAGAUGCUGACCUUGCAGGUAUAGAGCUAGACUGGCCUACUGAUAUCAGAACAAGGAUCCAGGAGAGCUCCUACAUCCAGGAGCAGUACGUCCUCACCCACUGUUCUCUCAGUAGUGAGCGCAGUCUACCUACGCACAUACAGGCAUCGUUGACUUCGGACGUUUCGAGCAGGGUCUGUCUGCCUGACCCGAAUGACUCUGCUCCAUUGCUGGAAACGGGAUCUUUACCACAAGGCCUUGAAAAGAUGUCUGCACCAGAACAGAGAUCGUCUUUGUCUCGUUGGGCUGACUCAGUAUGGCAGGAGAACCUCUCAGCUGAGACCUCUGACAGCAGCAUGAAAAAGAAGGGACACUUGAGUUGUGGUGAAGAACCUCGAUGGAGACAAAAAUCACUGGCCUGUUCAACCAUGGCAGCACGGAGCUUUUCAUCACCGCAAGGUGAGCUGGAGAUGCAUCGCCUUAGGAGAGCUCUGGAGAGAGUCUCCUUCGACCAAACUCUUGGAGGGAGGCUGGAUGAAAGUGAGGGAGAAAUAAAGCCAUCAGAGAUGCUGUCCCACAGAAGCCUAAAUGACUCCAGCGGACUGCUUUUUCCUGCAUCUCCUCUGGAUUGGGACAACUUCACAGACCCUGAGUAUCUUUUCACCGCCGUCUCUUUGGAAGAUCCCCCACCGGGUCAAUGUCGCUCACUCAUUCAUGGCCUUCUGGGAGGCAGACCCAUGUCCUGGGAGGUCACAGUGAACCUGAGCCACCUCUGGGUGCCUGAAGAGCAAAGAGAACGAGAAAGGGAAUCUUGGGAAGAGAUCAUUCAUCAGCUCACCGCUCGCUGCGUCAUAAGAGACUUUGAGAAAAUGGCAGAGAGGGAGAACCAAACAGGUUCAGCAAAGCGAUACCGUGUGAAGGCUAUCCAGACCAGUAAGCAUUGCAACAUCAUAUGCAUGUACACGACCUUCACCAUAACUGACAGCGACCCCAACAAAGGCUUCCAGGACAGUACGGAGGUCCAAAACACAGGUACACUUGUAGGAAGCAGUCGCCUUUCCCACUCUGGUAGCCGCAAGCAGAAAGCCUACUCAGACAGACGACCUACUAGUAGAGACUGUGAAGAGAUUGAGGACACAUAUAACUCUACAGACAGAGAUGACACCCCCACGACACCACGUAGCCUUACAUCAUGGGACUCUAAUGUUGGGGGAAAUGCUUUCAGUACUGCUGCCUCAGCAACAACGGCCCCCUCGUCCACACGUUCUCAGCGAUCUAUAGAGAGCAAGUCAAUGGAGAGCUUUUUUGGAACAAGGUUUCCACUUGGCAGACUCAGGUCCUCUGUUUCAUCAGGACGACAGGUUCCGCUCAAGCCCCACUGCCUCUCUGCAGAGACGGAGAAACAACCUGAAAAUGAAGCUCCAGACUACCUGCCCCUGGUUCGCCUUCAGCUGGCCUCGGGAGCUUUUCUUCUAACAGAGAUCUACGCCGACUGUGUCCAGAUCUCUUUGGAACGCCUAAAGAGGGCUUCACCCUAUACCCUGCAUCGUCGCAGCCUCAGCCCACCUUUCCGCUGUGCAUCUCCCAGCGCUCCAUCUUUAUCCUCUUCCAACAAACCUCCCACUAACCAUCAUGUCACCUUUUCACCAUCAUCUUGCUCCCUCUUCAAAACAACUACACCUCCUUUCCACCACACCCCUGAUGACACCCCAUUGAUGCUGGAACCCAGGCUACACCGAAGACACCCGUCUGACCGAGAUCCCAUCGCCAUAUCCCCAGACCUCCCCAGCUCCGAGGAAGGCUCCCUGGAGCUACCAGGUGGAAAUUCACCAGGCCUGAGCCAUGGUCAGGUGGACAGUGGUCGUGGAUCAGAGACAGACGUGUGUGAAGGCUCUUCACUGGAGCCAGCCUAUCUCCAGGUGAGCAGCCAGUUGGCUCAAGAUGACCUGGAGGGCUCAAGCUGGGCAACAGCGGUGGCUCUCGCCUGGCUCGAGCAUCGCUGUGCUGGAUACUUUAUGGAAUGGGAGCUGGUGGCCGCAAAAGCAGACUUCUGGCUGCGGAGUCAGGAGCUGCCAGAGGGGGUGGAUCUGUCUGGGUUGAGGGGAGCUGCCAGACAGCUGUUCCUGCUGCUGCGCCACUGGGAUGAGAACAUCAAAUUCAACAUGCUGUGUUAUAACCCCAAUAACAUGUGAGACAAUCACCGCUGUGGAAAUUGAGCCAGAUGCUCCUGCCAUUUUACUGUUAAGUUGUACAUUUAAUCAUUUUACACCCAAAAGUGACCUUUAAGAUAAAUAUACUUUGAAUGCAAUCAUCUUAAGAAAUGAUCUUCUGUAGAAAACAUCUUUGCCAAAUCACCAACAGUGUCAAAGCUAAAUACAGCACAUCACCUUUUGAUAAGUAUUUAGUGGAUGUCUUUUGUUUGU